UGACGACUCGCCUCUCUGUGGAGUCUCUUAACUUUCUUACAUUUUCGGGGUUUUAGGGUUUUUGCGCUUCCUGUCCUUUUUUUCUCUCUCCUCUCUUUUUCUCACCGUUGCAUCAACAGCCAUGACUGCUCAGUCUCAAGAAGAGCUUCUCGCCGCUCAUCUCGAACAACAGAAAAUCGAUCAUGAUGAACCUGUUGUUGAGGAUGACGAGGAUGAUGAUGACGAUGAUGAGGAUGAUGACAAGGAUGAUGAUGAACUAGAAGGGGCACUUGACGGUGAUGCCAGUGGUAGGUCGAAGCAGAGCAGAAGUGAGAAGAAGAGUCGAAAAGCCAUGUUGAAGCUGGGGAUGAAACCUAUCACCGGUGUCAGCAGAGUUACUGUGAAGAAGAGCAAGAAUAUUUUGUUCGUUAUUUCAAAGCCCGAUGUCUUUAAAAGCCCAACAUCAGAUACAUAUGUUAUCUUUGGUGAGGCAAAGAUUGAAGAUUUGAGCUCACAACUUCAAACCCAGGCUGCAGAACAAUUCAAGGCUCCAGACUUGACCAAUGUCAUUUCCAAGCCUGAAUCCUCUGCAAUGGCUCAGGAUGAUGAGGAUGUUGAUGAGACCGGAGUUGAACCUAAGGACAUUGAAUUAGUUAUGACACAGGCUGGAGUUCCCAGGGGGAAAGCAGUCAAGGCACUCAAGGCUGCAGAUGGAGAUAUUGUUUCUGCCAUUAUGGAACUGACCAAUUGAUAAGAUGGCUUUGUUUUGUUUUGAUGAUGUUUAGUUAGUCACUAGUGCUUCCUGAAUCAUGGUCUGAUGAAUUUUGAGAGGCUGUUUGUUUAUUUUCAGCUGUUGUAUCAGUAUAAACUUUUGAGAAUAUCUUCUUAUAUGUGAUGAAACAAAGCACUUGUUUGAUUGGCGCA